CUGCACCACAUCCCUAUUAGUUAGGUUCCAAUUGACAUUAAAGACAAACAGAAAGCCCCAUGAAAUGAAUGGGUCGAGGCAGGGGUGGACUGACAACUCAUGGGGCCCCCGGGCAAUAGGGGAUCAUGGGGCCCCUGUGCCCUUGCCCAAACUCAAAAAAGCCUAUGAAAAAGGUACCAGGGGCAUCUCAUGGGGCCCCCUACUGACCCCGGGCCCUCGGGCAGUGCCCGAGUUUCCAAAUGGUCAGUCCGCCCCUGGGUCGGGGUGCUCA